AUGUCCGACGACGAAGUCGACCUGGAGCUGCUAGACCUCAUGCGGAAGCAUUGGGGCGGUGGUGCCAAAGUCGAAGGUCCACCAGAAACAAAAGUCCUGGAAAAUGCCCAGUUCAUCUGCGACAACAGCAUGGACGUUGCUCUCGAUAUGCGAUCUACCAAAGUCGCCGCGCAGCUUGUUUUUGACGAGAUGGAGAAGCGGAACUACACAACCAAGACCUGGUCGGAGCAUGAGCUACACCCCAAAGCAAAAGACGAGAGCACUGUAAACUUCAUCUUCACCAUGGACCUCCUAAACUUUAGCUUCUGGAGCGAGAAGAACGAGGAGGAGCGCUUCGCGGUAGUGUACAAGGGAAAGAGAUGGACAGGAUAUUGGAGUCUGGUUGCAAUAUUACAACGAGCCUUGGAACAAGACAUCCCAAUCACUAGUCCAGCUUUCUGGGUUGACCAGGAACAAUGUUCAGAUGAAGUCCUGCGAACCAUCUUCACUUCUGGUACCGACGAGGAGAUCCCCAUGUUCGAGCAGAGGGUGCGAUGCCUUAGAGAAGCUGGACAAAUUCUAGAUGAGGAAUUUGAUGGCAGUGUGAUCACACUCAUUGAAGACGCGAACAACUCUGCAGCCGGUCUCGUGAACCUACUCGCUGAAAAGUUCAAUUGCUUCAGGGAUGAAGGUAGAUUUGAAAAUAAGAAGGUGCGCUUUUUGAAGCGAGCUCAGAUCUUCGUUGCAGACCUAUGGGCUGCGUUCGACGGUGAGAGCUAUGGCGAGUUCGAUGACAUUGACAAGAUUACCAUUUUCGCAGAUUACCGCAUUCCUCAGAUGCUACAUUCAUUAGGCAUAAUCUGGUACUGCCCGCCUCUCGAGAAUAAGAUACGCCGUCAAGGGAUCAUCGAAUCUGGCCAUUCUUGGGAGAUGCAGAUACGGGGUUGUAGCAUCUGGGCUGCAGAGCUCCUCCGUAGGGAGAUUCUGAAGCUUAAACCAAACGCCAAGGUCAACGCUAUUCUCAUCGACUUCUUCCUGUAUGACCUUGCGAAAGAGAAGGAGAAAGAAGAGGCAGAGGUGAUACCACAUCAUCGAACACGAAGCAUAUGGUAUUGA